AUGCACUAUCCGGCACCAAACUACUUCACCUGCACCCUUGGGCAAGCCUACUUGCUUAAGCGAGAUGCACAGUCUCUUCCAUCUUUCAAAACCAUCACUGAUAUGCUUGACGAACAAGCUAGCAGACUUCCCGAUGUGCCAGCACUAGGGCUUGCCGCAUGCACUGAAGAGACAGAAAUUACCCACGGUAACCUCCCCUUUUUACUGGCCAGAUCAACCUGGAGGCCUCAGUCAAAUUCGCAGUCCAUCGAACAUCUUUGCGAGGAAUUGGAAAUCAGUUGCAUAUUGGUAAACACACCUUACACUUCGGUAAACUUCGAGAUCGGAGUCGAUGUUCAGGUAAUCAACAUACCACAAUUACCGAUGCUCUCAGAGGUCCAAAUCCACGCCCAAGGGUCGGAUCUGGAGACGGAACUUGGGGAUCGCGAUCCACCGUUCUACUUCCAUACCUCGGGUACAUCAACGGGUCUACCAAAGCCCAUACCACAAGCAAGCAGUAUUGUGAGUGCCUUGCCUCGUCUGGACACUGCAAGCCAGCCGGCCACCUUCUCCACUACACCUCUGUAUCAUGGUGGGCUCAUCGACUGUCUCCGAUGCUGGAGUAGCGGCGCAAUGCUCUGGUUGUUCCCCGAAGCUGAGCUUCCCGUGACAGCUGGGAAUGUUGUGCGUUCGAUUGACGCUUGCCGCAAAUCCUGCACCGUUCCUAUCCAGUACUUUUCUUCGGUCCCGUACGUGUUGCAAAUGCUGGCAGAAGACGACUACGGCAUUCGAACGCUACAAAGUAUGAAGCUUGUCGGCGUAGGCGGUGCCGCUCUGGCGACCGUUACUGGCGACAGACUUGUUGCAGCAGGUGUUAACCUUUUGUCUCGUUUCGGCAGCGCCGAGUGCGGAUUCUUGGCCUCAUCACAUCGAGACUAUUCCUUCGACAAAGAAUGGCAAUACCUACGGUUUGGUGAUGUCAAGGAGUUUGUCAAGUUCGAAGGCCGGCACGAUGACCUAGCGGAACUUCUUGUUAAGCCGACUUGGUCCCUCCAAAGCUAA